UUUGAAUAGCCGCUACUCCUGCCUGGUGGCGGGGCCGCACCGAAGGCACAUCGCAUUGUCACCGCGCUACCUUAACAGGAAACGCACCGGUAUCCGAGAACAGCUCGACGCGGAGCUCCUGCGCUAUUCCGAGAGCUAAGGGAAAGUCGCCCGAAGUGGCUCCAAUAGGAACCCGUUACACCAGAGAGAUGAGGAACUGAUUGAAUGAUAAUUUCUAUAACUGAAUUGGACACUGUGGCCGUGUGGAGCAGGUUGCAUUCUGGACAGCUCUGGACUCCCCAACCCCUAUUACUUGUGAGCCUUUUAGGUGUCCCCAUUGCAUAUGAUAACAUCAAAGUGGUGGGUGAACUGGGAGAUAUUUAUGAUGAUCAAGGCCACAUUCAUCUUAACAUUGAAGCAGAUUUUGUUAUUUUCUGCCCUGAACCGGGGCAAAAGCUUAUGGGUACAGUUAAUAAAGUGUCUUCCAGCCACAUUGGCUGUUUAGUACAUGGGUGUUUCAACGCCUCCAUCCCUAAACCUGAGCAGAUGCCAUCUGAGCAGUGGCAGACUCUGGAGAUUAAUGUGGGUGAUGAACUAGAAUUUGAAGUAUUUCGUUUAGACUCAGAUGCUGCUGGAGUAUUCUGCAUUCGGGGAAAACUAAAUAUCAGUAGUUUACAAACCAAGUGCUCUGCAGUUUCUGAAGAAGUAACAGAAACGGGCACGGAAGAAGCUGUUGAAAAACCUCCAAAGAAGAAAAAGAAAAAGAAGAAAGACCCAGAGCCAUAUGAGGUGGAAGGUGGUAGCACAGAGUUAGCAGAUUUUGCAGAUGGCACCGUGACAGACAAGACAGACCUGCAGAUUAAUAAUGUGAAUGGCCUCUGGGAAGAAGAGCCGAAGAAGAAGAAAAAGAAGAAAAAGCACCAGGAAGUUCAGGACCAGGACCCUGUUUUCCAAGGCAGUGACUCCAGUGGUUACCAGAGUGACCAUAAAAAGAAAAAGAAGAAAAGAAAGCACAGUGAGGAGAUUGAACUUACCCCACUUUUGGAACACUCACCUAAAAAGAGAAGGAAGAAGUAAUUUUCUUUAGUGUGUUUUUAAAUGAUUGAUUUAUAUACAAUAGAUGAAUAAAUGUUUGAAUGAUGUGAAAUGCUUGUGUAUUUCCAUAGUUUGCAAAGCAGGAAACAUUUGCUUAGGAAUUGAGUUUUUGGUGCUAAAAUUACAAACUGAUAAUUAGGGAAAUACCAAUAUUGUUAAAGUGCCAUUUUAUUGUACAGAGAAUAAAAAGGUAAGAGCUGCUCUCACUCUCAACUCUUGCAUUCUUGCAGUUUUUACAUUCUAAAAAAAUUAUUUCUACAAUGUCAGGACCAACAAAAGGACUUUAUAAUACAGUAUUGUUCAUAUCAUUAAAGAAUGAGUUUGAGCUUGA